AUAAAGAAUAAAACAUUAGUUUUGCCUCUCAGUCGAUUUUCUUAUAAAUUACAAAUUUUUAGUUUUUAUUCAGUCUGAAGAAAACUAUUAAGUUCAAAAACUGGAAAAAUCGACUGAGACCCAAAAUUAAUCUAUUUUCUACGGGGUGAAGAAAAAAAUUAAAAUUAAAAAUAAAAAUUUUAAAAAAAUUAAAAUUUCUUCAUUAAAACAAAAAAAGAAACAACUACUUAGAUAUUUAUCCAAUAUAAGAUAAUUUAUCAAAUUUGCAAUUAUCCGAAAUUUUAUCUAAUUUCCAGAAUGUAAAAUGAAUUGCGUAAUUUAAGUACAAUAAUCAUAAUUACCUAAUAAUAUUAUUUAAUUCACCUGAAUAAUAAACUAUUUGAGACAUUUUAAGACCUUGAAAAAAAUAGACAAACGAUGAGCUGGAAUUUUAAAAGCUUACAAGUAUAACAUGUGCGAAAAACGAGUUUUUCAAGAUUUGAAACAUAAGCACGUGUUCUGAACCACGUGUGUUUUUGUAAAAUCUAACGUCAAAUCAGAGAAAGCAAAAAUAACGUGCGUCUAUUGCAUUCAUUGAAAAGUAUUGGCUGUACAGGAAAGAAUGUGAUAGUCAAUCGAAACCUACAAUUCACCUCGAGUUCCUUUACAAUGCAUACUCUAGCCCACCAAUACACAUCAAUCUCCUAACUGGUUUUCAAAAUGAUUUAUAAAAGUCAACUUCUACAGUAUUUCCAGGCUUCUACACAUAUUUUACUUUAGUACUAAAGCAGAAUUCGAACAGAAUCUAUCUGUUCAUCUAGCAACAAUUCUCUGAAAAAAAAUUAAAAUAAUAAAUAAAAAUAUUUAUUAAAAAUAUUAAUUGUCUACAGAAAGAAUUUUUAUUAAUUUUUUUUCUUUUUUUUUUGGCAAAAACUGAAUAGGAAAAUUUUUUACUAAAUCGAUUAAAAAGUACAAUUUCGAUUUUUUUUUAAUUAAGACUAAGGAAAGAAAAAAGUCAUCGAUAUUGUGUUCCGUAAAUUAUAAUCAUGUUAAUUAGAGGCUUUAGAAAAAUUUUAGAAAAAGCUCCUAGGGAAUUUAAGAGGAAUUUCAGUUCGACUGCGAUUGCUUGUAGAGAAAAGGAAAGACUUUACGACAAUUCGAACCAAAUUAUCCGGCCACCGAGAAUAUUAAUUACAGGUGGACUUGGCCAGUUAGGAACAGAGUGUGCAAAACUUUUGCGCAAAAACUACGGAAACGAAAAUGUCAUAUUGUCCGACAUUAUUAAACCAACUGAAGAAGGUCUUUCGAAUGGACCAUUUAUUUUCGCCGACAUUCUCGAUUUUAAAGGACUGCAAAAGAUUGUCGUAAAUCACAGAAUAGAUUGGCUCAUUCAUUUUAGUGCACUUUUAAGUGCAGUCGGUGAACAGAAUGUCCCCCUCGCUGUUCGAGUAAAUAUCGAAGGCAUGCAUAAUGUUAUUGAAUUGGCAAAGCAGUAUAAUUUGAGAAUUUUCGUACCAUCAACUAUUGGUGCUUUUGGUCCUGAUUCGCCGAGAAAUCCAACACCGAAUGUCACGAUUCAAAGGCCAAGAACAAUUUAUGGAGUCAGCAAAGUGCACGCCGAACUUCUUGGCGAAUAUUAUCAUCAUAGAUUUGGAUUGGAUUUCCGUUGUCUUCGAUUCCCGGGUGUCAUCAGCAGUGAUCCGCCAGGAGGUGGAACUACUGAUUAUGCAGUUGCUGUCUUUCACGAAGGAUUAUUGAAUAAAAAAUACGAUUGUUAUUUGGAGCCACAUACCCGAUUGCCAAUGAUGUACAUUGAUGAUUGUCUCUCAUCACUUUUCCAGUUCUUGAACACUCCAAACGAUAAAUUACGAAGAAGAGUUUAUAACGUCACGGCAAUGAGUUUCUCUCCAGAGGAACUUUUCACUGAGUUGACGAAAUAUAUUCCUGAUUUGCAAAUUUCUUACAAUCCCGAUAGCAGGCAACUUAUUGCUGAUUCGUGGCCUCAAGUAUUCGAUGACAGUGAAGCGAGAGAAGACUGGGGAUGGCAGCACAAUUAUGAUCUUGAAAAACUCGUUCACUCAAUGGUUCGUGAUGUUAGUGAAAAUUUCCUACCCAAGUUUCAUCGACUCCAGGAAGUGAAUAGUUAUGUUUAAAAAGACGAAAAAUUGAUAAUUGAUAAUUUUCAUUUUUUAAUAAAAUUUUGAUAAACAA